CACCGCGGCACGAUAAUGGGGAUGGACGGUGAUGGGGUGGGGGGCACGCAAGAAUUAUCCCUGAAGGAGUCGAAACGGAGAAGAAUGGGGAAAAGAGAAGACACCAAGAAGGAUGGGCACCAAGUUGGUCGGUUGCUCUUGCCGACCCCCACCCUGUAUAUAAGCCUUCUUCUGCCGGCUACGUCUUCAGUCUUUCAGUUCGAACGGCGCACUGCGUGUACGAAACCGAAGAGAUCAUCAUCUUGCACGGGAUCGAGAUCUUUGGGACGAUGGCUUGCUGAAACGGAAGCGGACGGUGGCAGGAUGUUUGGCCGUGUGCGCGCCUCUUUCUUCACCCUGGUAAUUGCCACGUCUUUGUUGCAAUGCACACAGCAGGAAGGAAGUAGGCAAAGUAGAGAUGUAAUACUCAAUAUCAAAGAUGAUCAGAAAAGUCAAUAUUUAAAUCAAGAUUUCUAUUCCAAUGCAUACAAUUAUGGUUACCAAGUAAGUCCAAAUGGACAAUUUCAUCACGAAGUGCGUGGACCGGAUGAUAUUACAUAUGGAUGCUAUGGAUAUAUAGAUCCAUAUGGAAAAUUAAAAACAACUUUUUACAUUAGUGAUGGCUGGGGAUAUAGAGUCGUCCAACCAGGAAAUUCAGUCGAACUAUUCCUUCAUGAACAUGAACAUCAUCACGAACAUGAUACAGAACACAACGAUGAUCACCAUGAUCAUAAAGGUGUAAUUACGGAGUGGAGAGAUCUAUAUUUUCCAGAAAUAUGCAGACAAUUUGAUGGAACAGAUACUAAACCAAUCCCAGAAGAAGAAACAAGUGAUACAAGCAAUGCUGGAAUACCUAUACAACCAAGCCAACCAACACAAAUGCCGGAAUAUCCUAUUAAACCUGGGUAUCCUCAACAACAUGAACAAUCUCAAAAACCAAAGCCAGGACAACCAGGAACAUCAGAAAUGCCAGUGACAAUGGGACAACCAGGAUACCCUGGCAAACCUGGAAUAGGGGCAUACCCGGGACAGCCAGGACAAUCUGGAUAUCCUGGUCAACCUGGUUCAUCUGGUUCACCUGAAAAACCAGGACAACCAGGACAACCUGGAACACCUGGAAUGCCAGGAAUACCGGGAACGCCGGGGACCCCUGGAAUACCUGGAACUCCGUCACAAUCUGGAUAUCCUGGUAAACCUGGUUCACCCGGAAAACCAGGACAACCAGGCCAUCCUGGAAUACCGGGAACCCCGGGGACCCCUGGAAUACCUGGAACUCCGUCACAACCUGGAUAUCCUGGUCAACCUGGUUCACCCGGAAAACCAGGACAACCAGGCUAUCCUGGAAUACCGGGAACCCCGGGGACCCCUGGAAUACCUGGAACUCCGCCACAACCUGGAUAUCCUGGACAACCUGGUUCAUCCGGAAAACCAGGACAACCAGGCCAUCCUGGUACACCUGGAAUACCUGGAACUCCGCCAAAACCUGGAUAUCCUGGCCAACCUGGCUCACCUGGAACACCUGGAACUCCGGGAACACCUGGAUAUCCUGGCCAACCUAGUUCACCUGGAUCACCUGGAAUACCUGGAACUCCGCCACAACCUGGAUAUCCUGGCCAACCAGGCCAUCCUGGAACACAUGGAACCCCGGGAACACCUGGAAUACCUGGAACUCCGCCACAACCUGGAUAUCCUGGUCAACCUGGUUCACCCGGAAAACCAGGACAACCAGGCUAUCCUGGAAUACCGGGAACCCCGGGGACCCCUGGAAUACCUGGAACUCCGCCACAACCUGGAUAUCCUGGACAACCUGGUUCAUCCGGAAAACCAGGACAACCAGGCCAUCCUGGUACACCUGGAAUACCUGGAACUCCGCCAAAACCUGGAUAUCCUGGCCAACCUGGCUCACCUGGAACACCUGGAACUCCGGGAACACCUGGAUAUCCUGGCCAACCUAGUUCACCUGGAUCACCUGGAAUACCUGGAACUCCGCCACAACCUGGAUAUCCUGGCCAACCAGGCCAUCCUGGAACACAUGGAACCCCGGGAACACCUGGAAUACCUGGAACUCCGCCACAACCUGGAUAUCCUGGUCAACCUGGUUCACCCGGAAAACCAGGACAACCAGGCUAUCCUGGAAUACCGGGAACCCCGGGGACCCCUGGAAUACCUGGAACUCCGCCACAACCUGGAUAUCCUGGACAACCUGGUUCAUCCGGAAAACCAGGACAACCAGGCCAUCCUGGUACACCUGGAAUACCUGGAACUCCGCCAAAACCUGGAUAUCCUGGCCAACCUGGCUCACCUGGAACACCUGGAACUCCGGGAACACCUGGAUAUCCUGGCCAACCUAGUUCACCUGGAUCACCUGGAAUACCUGGAACUCCGCCACAACCUGGAUAUCCUGGCCAACCAGGCCAUCCUGGAACACCUGGAACCCCGGGAACACCUGGAAUACCUGGAACUCCGCCACAACCUGGAUAUCCUGGUCAACCUGGACAACCAGGCCAUCCUGGUACACCUGGAAUACCUGGAACUCCGCCAAAACCUGGAUAUCCUGGCCAACCUGGCUCACCUGGAACACCUGGAACUCCGGGAACACCUGGAUAUCCUGGCCAACCUAGUUCACCUGGAUCACCUGGAAUACCUGGAACUCCGCCACAACCUGGAUAUCCUGGCCAACCAGGCCAUCCUGGAACACCUGGAACCCCGGGAACACCUGGAAUACCUGGAACUCCGCCACAACCUGGCUAUCCUGGUCAACCUGGUUCACCCGGAAAACCAGGACAACCAGGCCAUCCUGGAACACCGGGAACCCCGGGGACUCCUGGAAUACCUGGAACUCCGCCACAACCUGAAUAUCCUGGUCAACCAGGUUCACCCGGAAAACCAGGACAACCAGGCUAUCCUGGAAAACCUGGAACUCCGGGAACAUCUGGAUAUCCUGGCCAACCUAGUUCACCUGGAUCACCUGGAAUACCUGGAACUCCGCCACAACCUGGAUAUCCUGGCCAACCAGGCCAUCCUGGAACACCUGGAACCCCGGGAACACCUGGAAUACCUGGAACUCCGCCACAACCUGGCUAUCCUGGUCAACCUGGUUCACCCGGAAAACCAGGACAACCAGGCCAUCCUGGAACACCGGGAACCCCGGGGACUCCUGGAAUACCUGGAACUCCGCCACAACCUGAAUAUCCUGGUCAACCAGGUUCACCCGGAAAACCAGGACAACCAGGCUAUCCUGGGAAACCUGGAACUCCGGGAACACCUGGAUAUCCUGGUCAACCUGGUUCACCUGGAUCACCUGGAAUACCUGGAACUCAACCACAACCUGGAUAUCCUGGCCAACCAGGCCAUCCUGGAACACCUGGAACCCCGGGAACACCUGGAAUACCUGGAACUGCGCCACAACCUGGCUAUCCUGGUCAACCUGGUUCACCCGGAAAACCAGGACAACCAGGCCAUCCUGGAACAUCGGGAACACCGGGGAUCCCUGGAAUACCUGGAACUCCGCCACAACCUGGAUAUCCUGGUCAACCUGGUUCACUCGGAAAACCAGGACAACCAGGCCAUCCUGGAACACCUGGAACCCCGGGAACACCUGGAAUUGCUGGAACUCCACCACGACCUGGAUAUCCUGGUCAAUCUGGCUCAGCCGGAAAACCAGGACAACCAGGCCAUCUUGGAACAGCUGGAACUCCAGGCACACCUGGAAUACCUGGAACUCCGGCACAAUCUGGAUAUCCUGGUCAACCUGGUUCACUAGGAAAACCAGGACAACCAGGACAUCCUGAAACACCUGGAACCCCGGGAACACCUGGAAUACCUGGAACUCCGCCACAACCUGGAUAUCCUGGCCAUCCGGGAACACCUGGAACGCCAGGAACACCUGGAACUCCGGGAACACCAGGAAUACCUGGAACUCCGCCACAACCUGGAUAUCCUGGCCAACCAGGCCAUCCUGGAACACCUGGAACCCCGGGAACAUCUGGAAUACCUGGAACUCCGCCACAACCUGGAUACCCUGGCCAACCAGGCCAUCCUGGAACACCUGGAACUCCGGGAAAACCUGGAAUACCUGGAACUCCGCCACAACCUGGAUACCCUGGCCAACCAGGCCAUCCGGGAACACCUGGAACCCCGGGAACACCUGGAAUACCUGGAACUCCGCCACAACCUGGAUAUCCUGGCCAUCCGGGAACACCUGGAACGCCAGGAACACCUGGAACCCCGGGAACACCAGGAAUACCUGGAACUCCGGGAAAACCUGGAAUACCUGGAACUCCGCCACAACCUGGAUACCCUGGCCAACCAGGCCAUCCGGGAACACCUGGAACCCCGGGAACACCUGGAAUACCUGGAACUCCGCCACAACCUGGAUAUCCUGGCCAUCCGGGAACACCUGGAACGCCAGGAACACCUGGAACCCCGGGAACACCAGGAAUACCUGGAACUCCGGGAAAACCUGGAAUACCUGGAACUCCGCCACAACCUGGAUACCCUGGCCAACCAGGCCAUCCUGGAACACCUGGAACUCCGGGAACACCUGGAAUACCUGGAACUCCGCCACAACCUGGAUAUCCUGGCCAACCAGGCCAUCCGGGAACACCUGGAACCCCGGGGACACCUGGAAUACCUGGAACUCCGCCACAACCUGGAUAUCCUGGCCAUCCGGGAACACCUGGAACGCCAGGAACACCUGGAACCCCGGGAACACCAGGAAUACCUGGAACUCCGCCACAACCUGGAUACCCUGGCCAACCAGGCCAUCCUGGAACACCUGGAACUCCGGGAACACCUGGAAUACCUGGAACUCCACCACAACCUGGAUAUCCUGGCCAACCAGGCCAUCCUGGAACACCGGGAAUCCCGGGGAGCCCUGGAAUACCUGGAACUCCGCCACAACCUGGAUAUCCUGGACAACCAGGCCAUCCUGGAACACCGGGAAUCCCGGGGAGUCCUGGAAUACCUGGAACUCCGCCACAACCUGGAUAUCCUAGCCAACCAGGCCAUCCUGGAACACCUGGAACUCCGGGAAAACCUGGAAUACCUGGAACUCCGCCACAACCUGGAUACCCUGGCCAACCAGGCCAUCCUGGAACACCUGGAACUCCGGGAACACCUGGAAUACCUGGAACUCCGCCACAACCUGGAUAUCCUGGCCAACCAGGCCAUCCUGGAACACCUGGAAUACCUGGAACGCCGACACAGCCUGGAUAUCCUGGCCAACCUGGAUACCCUAGCAAACCUGGAACUCCGGGACAACCUGGAUAUCCUGGAUAUCCUGGCCAACCUGGAAUACCAGGACAAUCAGGACAACCAGGGUAUCCUGGAAUGCCUGCGACCCCUGGAAUACCUACGACCCCUGGAAUAUCUGGAAGUCCGACACAACCUGGAUAUCCUAGCCAACCUGAAACACCUGGAUACCCUAGCAAACCGGAACAAUCUGGAUAUCCUGGAUAUCCUGGAAUAUCAGGACAACCAGGAUAUCCAGGUACACCUGGAAUACCUGGAGCCCCAGGAAUACCUGGAACUCCAACGCAAUCUGGAUAUCCUCACCAACCUGGAAUAUUAGGACCACCUGGAAUACCUGGAACUUCUGGCCAACCUGGUAUACCUGGAAGACCUGGAACACCUGGAAUAUCUGGUACCUUUCCACAACCUGGAUAUCCAGGUCAACCUGGAACACCAGGAUCACCUGGAAUAUCUGGUACUCCGCCACAAUCUGGAUAUCCUGGCCAACAGGGAUCACCUGGAAAACCAGGGCAAUCAGGAUAUCCUGCAACACCUGGAACCCCAGGAACACCUGGAAUAUCUAGUAUACCUGGAACAUCACAACCUGGAUAUCCUGGCCAACCGGGAACACUAGGAAAACCUGGACAGCCGGGAUAUCCUGGAACUCCAGGGACACCUGGAAUACCUGGUAUACCUGGAACUCCAUCACAACCUGGAUAUCCUGGCCAACCUGGAUCAGUUGGAAAACCAGGACAUCCUGGAAUACCUGGUAGCCCAGGAAUACCUGGAAUACCUGGAAUUCCGCCACAACCUGGAUAUCCUGGCCAACCGGGAACACCAGGAAAACCUGGACAGCCAGGAUAUCCUGGAACCCCAGGGACACCUGGAAUACCUGGUAUACCUGGAACUCCAUCACAACCUGGAUAUCCUGGCCAAUCUGGAUCAGCUGGAAAACCAGGACAUCCUGGAAUACCUGGUAGCCCAGGAAUACCUGGAAUACCUGGAAUUCCGCCACAACCUGGAUAUCCUGGCCAACCGGGAACACCAGGAAAACCUGGACAGCCAGGAUAUCCUGGAACCCCAGGGGCACCUGGAAUACCUGGUACACCUGCAAUUCCACCACAACCCGGACAUCCUGGAACCCCGGGAACACCUGGAAUACCUGGAAUCCCGGGAACACCUGGAAUACCUGGAACUUCGCCACAACCUGGAUAUCCUGGAAAACCAGGGCAACCAGGACAUCCUGGAAAACCAGGGCAACCAGGACAUCCUGGAAUACCUGGAAUACCUGGAACUCCGCCACAACCUGGAUAUCCUGCUCAACCUGGAUCACCUGGAAAACCAGGACAACCAGGACAUCCUGGAACACCUGGAACACCGGGAACACCUGGAAUACCUGGAAGACCAGGUCACCCAGGAUAUCCUGGAAUACCUGGAAGGCCGGGAAUACCUGGAACUCCGCCACAAAUUGGAUAUCCUAGUCAGCCUGGAUCACCCGGACAACCAGGACAAUCGGAAACUUCUAAACCGCCAGGAAUUCCACCCUAUCCACCUCAUCCGGAAUAUCCUAGUACAACAGGAAUUCCAGGCAGGCCUGGUAUUCCAGGCUCACCCGGAUAUCCCGGUACGCCAGGAAUACCUGGUAUUCCUGGAAAACCUGGUAAACCUGGUAAACCAAGCAAACCGGGUCAUCAUGGCUAUCCUGGUUCUUCGAAGCCAGGUCAGCCCGAAUAUCCGCCAUAUCCAGGAUAUCCUCUUGCACCUGGAGGUCCAUCUGGUGGCAUAGGUCCUAAUGGUCCUAACGGUCCAUGGCCUAAUGGUUCAGACGGCCCUCAAGGUCCAGGCGGACCCGAAGGUCCAGGCGGACCCGAAGGUCCAGGUGGACCCGAAGGUCCAGGUGGUCACGAAGGUCCAGUUGGUGGAGUAGGUGGAAUAGGUGGUGAUGGCCCGCCUGGUCCUGAUGGCCCAUGGCCGACAGGAUCCCCUGGUCCGGAUGGACCAUGGCCUGGUGAUCCAGAUUAUGUUCCUGGUGUUGCUCCAACGACACGGCCUCGAUAUGAAAAGCCAAUCAAAGUUCAGUAUCCCAUUAAAUACUACGAACCUACAACGCCAACGACUGUCGAUAAUCAUCCAUUUUUUGGUCAGAAGCAAGUAGACCGAUUAUCCUCUAAGUACAAUUCAGAAUAUAUUAACAACCACACUCUUGACAAAAAUUACGAAAAAAAUGUUGAGUCCACAGUGUUAGCGUAUCCAACAAAAAUAAGCAGACCCUUCGGUUUAAAGGAUGCUCAAUUCAAAAAAAACCAAUCAAGGACGCGUGAUUAUCAGUCAGAACAAGUAAAUCAGAACGCGGACGAAAUUAACUCCUUGAUGUACACACGACGAAAGGAAUCACGUAAAUAUGAGGAAGAGGAAGAGCAAAGUAAAUACAAGGAUGUUCAAAAAGUGAUAUCGGAAACUUCUCGGACUACUGCUGGCGUUAAAUACCCUAAUCGAGGAAGAUUCCAAGGUUCCCGCGAAAAUCGUAAAUAUCCCCAAGAAGUCACUAAACUGAGCGAACCGGUUAUUCAAUUAGAGACAGACCGCGGACAACAGGCCAAUGUAAAGUAUCAAUCAUCAAAUGGAAAUCAUAUCGCGUUCGCGAAACAGGUAAACCAAUUGUCCGAGCAAUCUAUCGAAUCAAAACCCGAGCUCGCCGCGAUCGGCGUUCAUCCACCGAACACGAUUAACAUCAAGCCCUACCAGCAAUCUAUAGGGCCAGAUCCGCAAACCUGUCCUUGCUAUCUUGUCGAGCCGACCAAUAAUACAGCAACCAUCACGAGUACGACAUCCAUUCCUCUGAUUGGCCAGCUUGGCUUCAUUCCCGUAGUAUUCAUACCGUACUGUCCGGGCGACGAUGUGACGGACAGCACCCAAAACAUGAAAGACAUGUUCCCUUCCGCAAUGCCUGUUCCAUAUGCAUGCGACGCAUGCGAUUCUCAAAACGGGAGAGUCGAGACGAAGCUUGUCAGCCUAAAUCAGCUUGGCAAUAUAGAGAAUCUUCGCGAGGCGUUGCGACAAGCGAAACUUGGCUUUUUAAAUGUUUCAGCACACGGUCAAAUCGAAAGGAGAAGGGCAAAGCUACGGAACGUCAAAUGAAGAAUGCGAUUGCAACAUGCAGAUUGUAAAUCGUUAUUCGAAAGGAACCACGCAUUCGCGUAAAAACGAUUCGUAAAAACGAUGAAACGAUGCCCGUCCAUUAGCUGCUGGACAGCUGACGGAUGGCCAAAAGGAGACACAAAUGCCAAUAAAGUAUCAUCGUAUCGCAAAAGGUAAUCAUGAUCUGUGCGUUCUUAUAAAAUCAGGUAAAAGAUAAUAAGUUGUGUUAUAAACGAUUUGCGAUAAGCCUCGAAACAAUUCUAACGAUAGUUUUAAGUUCUAGAUUGUAAGAAAUUGAUCGAAUAUCAUUCUCUCUUAUUGAUUGAAUUUUGAAAAUCUGCAUAUAAUAAUUGUGGAUGUAAUUUUCUUAGGAUUUAGAACUCAGGGAUUUGAAACUUAUUAUAGUAACAGUUUUUUUUUUAGAACGCUCGAUUGUGAUUAUCCAAAGAUAAUGUGCCGAUUAGAGCAUGACUGUUCUUUACUUUUCUCUGCUUUAACUUGGAUAUUAUUUGGUAAUUGGUAAAACGUUGAAUGUUUCUUUUUCUCAUAAUUCUGGUAUGGUUUUUGUAAGCACUAAAUCAUUAAUAAUAUUCUACAUUGAAUUAAAAUUUAUAUUUCGUGUUAGCAAAAAUGAAUACGACAAUCAUAAUAAUCUUAAAGUUAAUGCAAGGAAAAGUAUUAGUAUCAUUUUAUACAUUUUUUAUCAUGGUAACAUUUAUACAAAAUUUGUAUCAUGUUGAAUUUAAAUGUUUUCGUAAAUCUUUUUUUUAGUAGCUAUAAUAAUACAAAAAAAUAUAUAUAUAUAUUUAGUUUAUUUUUUAAUUAUUAUAUUGCUUAGUAUUUAAUUUCAAGAAUACCAUUUCGUUUCCCUCGAUGUUGAGAGCAUUAUGUGAAAAUUGAUAUAAAUUAAUUAUAGAAAUUUGUUUUUAGAUUCAAAAUUAUGCGAAUGUCGUGAGAAAUGAAAUCAUCCAUUGCGCUCUCAUGCUUAAUGUACGCUUGAGAUUAAAUAUUGAUUAUACAAGUGCUAAUACGUUCUAUUGAGCACGUACAGAAUAAUGGUUCAUGGUUGGAGAAAUUUCAAACACAUUUUCCAAAUUAUAGGUAUACUUUAUAAAAUUUGAAUUAAUAUUUAACUGUACAUGCUCGAUAUUUUAAAGAAAUAAUUAUAUUUGUACAUUGGAUAUAAGAUACGUAAUAUGUAUCUUUUUCUGUAGUAUAGAGGCCGAUGAAAUUUUUAAUAAAUUAUAUAUAAUUGUACAUAUUGAUGUUGCGUUCAUCCAAUGUUCCUUAUAAGCAUGAAUCAUGUAUUUUUUUUUAUGAAAUAAAACUAAUCAUGAAACAUUUUA